UCUGCCAUAGAAAACGUACUCCACUUAUGUGUCGAAAGAUCAAGAUAUUUCUGGAAUAUUCCUAAAUUUAUAUAUUGUUGGAGUAAAAGUUAUAAGAAGCAUAAUGAAAGUAUGAAAACUAUUAAGGAAUUCGCUAAUAACGUCAUUUUACAAAAGAAGAACUACUGCAAAUCGUAUAAUAAUUUAGAUACUUGUACAGAUCGUAGUAAAAAUGAAUUAAAAAAACCAUUGCUGGAAUUUUUAAUUGAUUUAACAGCAACAAAUUUAGAUUUUACCGAAAAAGAUUUAGGCGAUGAAGCUAAUCUGGUGAUAUUGGCGGGCUAUGAGACAUCAGCAACUGCAUUAAGUAAUGUUCUAUUAAAUUUAGCUGUAUAUAAAGAUGUGCAAAAUAAGGUUUAUGAAGAGUUAUUUCAAGUGCUUGGAAGUGAUCUAAAUCGCACAAUUGAUUUGGACGAUUUACCAAAAUUAACGUACAUGGAAAUGGUUAUAAAAGAGUCAAUGAGAUUGUUUCCAAUAGUACCAUUUAUCAUAAGAGAACUCACUGAGGAUAUUCAACUUGGUGAUUGUUUGAUACCAAGAGGUGUUUCAUGUGCUGUAUCAAUAUAUGCAUUACAUUGUGAUGAAAAACUUUGGGAAAAUCCAUUAAAAUUUGACCCAGAACGAUUUACACCAGAAAAUUCAAUAAGUCGUCAUCCGUAUGCAUACAUUCCAUUUAGCGGAGGUCCUCGAAAUUGUAUUGGAAUGCGAUAUGCUUGGAUGUUUAUGAAAACGGUAUUAGCAACGUUAUUGAGCCGAUAUGAAUUUCAUACUGAUUUAAAUACAAGUGAAUUCAAAUUUGAAUAUUCGGUUACCAUGAAGCUGAUUGGCGGUUAUCAAAUUCAAAUUACGCCUCGAUCAACCAUGGGAGUGAAUGUUGGUGCACAAGAUCUGAACUCCUCUUAUUUUAAUGCUAUGCAAAGUUCAUUAUAUCUUAUGACGCAACGAGCACUUAAUCCAUUACUUCAUUCCGAAUUGAUAUAUCGAUCAACUCAGAGUUAUAAGCAGCUUAGAAGGAAUGAAAACAUUGUCAAGGGACUUACAAAACAAUUUACAAAAUUUACUGACAUCAAGAGAAAUGAAUAUAAAAAACCAUUAUUGGAGUAUUUGCUAGAUUUUUCAAGAAGUAAUUCAAGUUUCACAGAAAAACAAUUAGAAGUAGAAACUAAUCUUGUAAUCGUCGCUGCUUAUGAAACAACAGCGAAUGCUCUCAGUUACGUGAUAUUGAGUUUAGCAGCAAAUAAAAAUAUACAGAAUAAAGUUUAUGAAGAAGUAUUUAAUGUUUUAAAUGAAUCAAAACGAGAGAAGAUUGAUUUCGAUGAUUUAUCAAAGAUGAAAUACAUGGAGAUGGUUAUUAAAGAGUCAAUGCGAUUACACGCUACGGCUCCUUUUAUCGCGAGAAAAGUAUCUCAAGAUAUUCACUUUGACAACUGUAUAAUUCCAAAAGGAGUUGAUGUUAUAAUUUCUAUUUUUGGGCUACAUCGAAAUCCAAAUGUCUGGGAAAAUCCUUUAAAGUUUGAUCCGGAACGUUUUGCACACAAAAAUAUAAAAAAUUGUCAUCCUUAUGCGUAUAUUCCUUUCAGUAGCGGUGCAAGAAAUUGUAUUGGUAUGCGAUAUGCUUGGAUCUUCAUGAAAACAGCAUUAGCCACGCUACUAAGUAGAUAUGAAUUCCAUACGGAUUUAAAAUUAGACAAAUUAAGGUUUGAAUUCGAAGUGUCAUUAAAAUUAAUUGGUGGGCAUCAAGUACGAAUCACACCUAGACAGAAAUGUACAAAAUAAUCCUUUUUUUAAUCGAAA